GGAAGCCAAACUAACAGAUCACUUGUCCUGCUAAAAUCCUAAGAAGGAGCCUUCAGAAGCAAGGUUGCUGCCUUUCCUUCUCCCCCCCCCCAUCUGUCACGCAAAAAAUGAAAAUAAAGAGGGGGGAGUUGCAACCUUCCUCACUCAGUCUCAAGUCAACAUCAAGUUGUUGCGGAGUGGGGCUUUUUGUUGUUUUGUUUUUAAUGUCGCAAGAAUGCUGUUUACACACUUCCUCCUCAAGGCGUGUGUGACCUGUUGCUUGUAAGAGGAGCUCCAAGGGGCCCUUUCAGUGGCUGUCUCGAAGACCCGCCUCCUCGUCCUCCUCGCCCUCCCUCGCUGUUUCUCUCUCUUCCCGCUUCCCCAAGCCGAGCUGUCCCGGCUGGCGCGCGGGAAGCCCCGCCCCCUUUCAUGCAAAACUCCAAGUCGAGGCUUGUGCUCAGUGGAGGAGCCGGCGGGCGCUGAUUGGCCGGGGCAAACGCAUUUAUUCCCUGACAAGCCCCCCAUCACAUGGAUGGUUGUCUAUUAACUUGUUCAAAAAAGUAUCAGGAGUUGUCAAGGCAGAGAGAGAGAGAGAGAAAGACAGAGGGAGAGAGUGUGAGAGUGAGUGUUUAGGAGGGGAAAAACACACACACACACAAACAACAACAACAAAAAAGGGGGAAAGGGACUUUUGCUGGCUCUUUUAGUCUUAAAGAGAUACAGAAAGAGAGAGAGAGAGAAAAGAAGGAAAGAAUCACAAGAAAGAAAGGAGGGGAAACGGACCAGGAAGAAGUUUCUCAAUCAAGACUCUCCAAGCGUUCUUUGUUAUGCUUCUCCUGCUUGAAUAGUCGUCCGUGGGCUGCUUGCAGAGGGAGGAAGAUCCCGGUGUUGAUCCGAUCGGGGGAGGAUCUGUUUCGGAGGGGGAGCUCUCCCCUCCCUCCCCCCUCCCAGAGAAGACAAGUCCAGGUUGGGACACUCUCGAGCUCCUGUCGGCUGUCUUUCCUCUUCGCUUUUGUCCCACCUACACCCCCUUCAUUUUAUUUUUUUUGGGGGGCGAUUGUCGGAUUCCUCUCUCCCUCUCUCUAUGUGCCGGUGUGCUUUUUAAUAGCCGGAGUUCCUCGAAGCCGCGUUGGUUUGUUUGCCCACCACCAUUCCGACACCUCCCGGCCGCCCAUUGCUGCGUCCCCUCGGCCGAAAAAAGCCGUUUGAAUGUACAACAUGAUGGAAACCGAACUGAAGCCUCCCGCCCCCCAGCAGACAGCGGGGGGAGGCGCGGGGGGCAACAGUAAUUCUGGGGCCAACAACCAGAAGAACAGCCCGGAUCGGGUCAAGAGACCCAUGAACGCCUUCAUGGUGUGGUCCCGGGGCCAGCGGCGGAAGAUGGCGCAGGAGAACCCCAAGAUGCACAACUCUGAGAUCAGCAAGCGCCUCGGGGCCGAGUGGAAACUUCUCUCCGAGGCGGAGAAGAGACCUUUCAUCGAUGAAGCCAAGCGGCUGCGCGCCUUGCACAUGAAGGAACACCCGGAUUAUAAAUACCGACCCCGGAGGAAAACCAAGACGCUGAUGAAGAAGGAUAAGUACACUUUGCCGGGCGGGUUGCUGGCGCCGGGCUCCAACUCCAUGGGCGCGGGGGUCGGCGUGGGGGCCACGCUGGGCGCGGCCGGAGUCAACCAGCGGAUGGACAGCUACGCGCACAUGAACGGCUGGACCAACGGCGGCUACGGGAUGAUGCAGGAGCAGCUGGGCUACCCGCAACACCCGGGCCUGAACGCGCACAACGCCGCGGCCGCGGCCGCCGCCGCGCAAAUGCAGCCCAUGCACCGCUACGACGUGAGCGCCUUGCAGUACAACUCCAUGGCGGGCUCUCAGACUUACAUGAACGGCUCGCCCACCUACAGCAGCAUGUCCUAUUCGCAGCAGGGGACCCCGGGGAUGAGCCUGGGCUCCAUGGGAUCCGUGGUCAAGACGGAGUCCAGCUCCAGUCCCCCGGUGGUCACGUCUUCUUCCCAUUCCAGGGCUCCGUGCCAAACUGGAGACCUCCGGGACAUGAUCAGCAUGUACCUGCCCGGGCCUGAAGUGUCGGAGCCGGCCGCCCAGAGCAGACUGCACAUGUCGCAGCAUUACCAGAACGCACCUGUGCCCGGCACGGCCAUAAACGGCACGCUCCCGCUCUCCCAUAUGUAAGACCCACGGGGGGUGGGCGAGACGCAAGGAAGGCGAGGGCGAGAAAUCUAGACCGAGCAACAAACUUUUAUUAGAAAUUCUGAACUUCUGACUUUCCCCCCUUUCUCCCCUUCCUGUCCUCUUUUUCUGGGGGAGGGGGGAACACUAUUUUUGUACAGAGAAUAACUGGGUAGGGAGAAACCAAUCAGAUACAAAAAAAAGAAAAAAUCCAAACCCAUCAAGGAACUUGUAUAGAUCUUUUUAUUUUUGUUUUCUCCCUCCCUCUCCUUUGGAAAGGGAUCCGACUCCACCAAACCUGUUAUCCCCCAUCCCUCCCACCCCCACCCCGCCCCCGAAGUUCCUAUGGAAAUGGUACUUUGCAGAAAAGGUUUUUAAAAGUAAAAAAUAAAAAAGUCUUGACCCAUAAUCUUUAGAACUAGACUCCAGAAAGCGACGUAGGAAGGUGGGAGGGGGGAAGGGAAGGAGACUGGGAAAUGGGGUGGGAAAUGUUUUAAUAUUUGCAAGCAACUUUUGUACAGUAUUUAUCAAAAUAAACAUGGCAAUCGAAAAGCCCAUUGUUUAUAUUAAAAAGAGAGAGGGGAGGAACCUUGAGAAUUUGCCAAUUAUUUUUAAAAUACAUCAGAGUCUACUUAAGACGCUCUGUUAAUUGGAUAGAUGGAUUUAUAGCAGCUGCACAAAAAAGGAAGCUGAAUUUUAUUUUAAAACAAAAUCUGGACGUUUUAAUUGUUUUAGCAAUUGUACAAAAGGCAAAAAAAUAAAUAGAAUAAGUACUUGCAUACCAUUGAACUGGAACUGUUUUUUUAUAUAAAAGGGCAAAAUUUUAGGGUGUACUACAUUUUUUACACGUUGUUUAAAAAGCAAAAAUUGUCUUGCAGGUUCACACACAUUUGUUAAUUUAAAUAGCUUUUUUGUUUUCAAACUUUCUCCUGUUCAGCUAAAACGACAGCAAAACAAUAUGAAAUUCUUGUGUUUGAGAUAUUUUCUUAUGGUUUGUAAUAUUUCUGUAAAUUUAUUGUGACGCUAUUUUAAGUUCUUUUAUUUUUUGUCCCUCCUCAUUUCCCGUAGUUGUACUCGGCUGUGUAUUAUCUGAAAUCAGUCCGCCGGCAGUCCAUGUGUAUGUGGGUGUGCAUAUAUGUAUAUUAUAUAUAUAUAGACACACACACACACACACACACACACACACACACACACAUUUGAACUAAUACCAUCCUUAUAAACAGGUACAUAUUUGAGUUAAGUUUUUACUCCAUUAUGCACAGUUUGAGAUAAAUAAAUUUUUGAAAUAUGGACACUGAAAUAACACUUGAGUCUUCGAUUUAUUUUCAGAAAGCAGGAUGAAUUUUAUGUUAUUUUUUUAUUCCGUACUGCUCAAGGACCAGUUAUAAACUGGUGUGAUAAAUAAUAUUGUAGCAUAAAACUCUAGGAAUGAGGAAAUCUUUUCCUGCUUUGUUUUCAGAAGGUAAUUUCAAUGCCAAUUAGUUUCUACUUAAAAUAAUGCGAGGCCUGAAAUUGGAUGUGGCCCAGAUAACUAUAUGAAAUGAGUAAUCCUUCGACAAGGGAAAAUGCAGCCGACUGUAAGUGACACUUUUCUUCUGCUAUAAUAAAUGAGAAAACUAACAUGGCAUAGAAAGUCGGUUGGGUUAUUUUCGCUGCUGGAAGAAACGACCACUUGUUGCCACCUGAAAGCUGACCAAAGCCCCCGGAGUUCAGAUGAGGCUGGAUUGUUAACGCGAGGAGAACCAGCAGAAGUACCGUAGGAAGCGAGCGAGGUGCGUGACUCUCUUAACUUCUCUCGUAAGCAGGGCGAUCUCCGCUUGAAGCGCUGUGCUUUGGGAGAAAAUGGACUUGAAGUGAGGUUUGGUUUGCUGGGGUGUGCGUGUGUGCUGGGGUGUGUUUUCUACAGUCCUCCGUGUGUGUUUUGGGGAAAUUGCAAAGUCGCGGUUUCAAGACAAUUGCACCACAA